AAAGGGGAGGUGUGUGCAGAGUCGUAGGAACUGAAAAGGGGCAGUACACACACUCGAUGCCUCACACAGCCAGACCCACCGGAGUACAGAUGGUUUUGCACACAACAUGGACAUGGAGAGGAAUUAGAUCAAACACACCAGCCUUUCAUCCUUUUGUGUACAGCUGAAGCUUGGCCCACUACCAAAAAAACUGUUUGAAUAAUCAGAACACAGAUGUUUUCUACAAGGAGCCAAAUAAACUGAUGGUGGAGCUGCUGACCGCAGAAUUAUUGUUUUCUUGACAAUUUCUUAGUUUUAGUGUGCUGAUGCAUUUCAGUAUUAAUCGAAACUACCCUCAGAAGAAAUAAGAACCUUCCUUUUCACUUGUGGUUUUGUGAAUAAACAAAAGAACAAAAUCGAUUAUCCUGCCCUCAGAGGCUGUGUCUGGCUUUCAUGUGUAAUAUAUAACACAGAACACCAGAAUAGAGCCACUUUAGUUGAAUACAUUGGAGCUCUGAAUACAAACACGUUUCUGGACUGACCUUUCCUGAAUUAAAUGUUAUUCCUCACCUAACAGCAGGAAGCUGCCAUAUACACAGUUCCCCUUCACGUCACUGUAGAGUUAUGAACUCCAAGAUAAAGGGCAGAUCCUUUUCUCCGAAAGAAAAAUAAUCUGCGGGCUGGAGAUUGCGAUGCAGACGAAAAGCAUGUUUUGGUGACCAAAAUAGCAGAGGAGGAAGAGCGACGUCUGAGAGAGAAAAAAAGGGACUAUUAGGGAGAUGCAAAUAGAGAAAGUGAACUGUUUCUCAGCCCUCUCUGCCAGAUUUUCAACAGAGCACAACAAACUUGAGCAAUUUUCGCGGCAGUUGUCCAUGGGAACUUAUCCAAGGCACAUCGGAGCGGACCCUCCUAGGAAGUUCUGUUAGAUUGAGAAUAAUACUUUAAGAAGACCAAAGUAAGAGAGCACUUUCAUCCAAAUUUCAGCAAACUACAAGAAAACUUUGGGAUUAUAGCUGAAAUAGGACCGGAAGCAGCCACUUGGAAAGUAGAGCUACUCCUUUCCUUGUCCUUUUUUUGUGUGUCUUCCUCAUGUAAUGUAUUCACUGCCUGCCAGUAAGCACUAAACUUCCAUCUUCCAACUGGACCACAGUUUCAUCUUAUCAGGAGAGAGGAUUGAGCUGACUGGAACGAAACUCUCACAUACUCCCCUACCAAAAGGCUUUUGUUUAGCUGCCGCUGAUCAUUUUACCGUGGGUAACAUGGAGAUGGAAAAGGGACAUACGUCUAUCCGGAGAGGAGUGAGCUGGAGUCCAGGAGGAUUGAGGAAACCUCUCCAGGCAACCCAAAACACUCCUGGGACGGAAUGCAAUGCAUCAUGGGAGACAACAGGAUUCAACAAAGAACAGAUGAGCCGGAAAACAAAUCUGACGAGGAGUGCCAGUCUGUCAGAAAAGGAGCUAAAGGAGGCCCGUGUCAGGAGUCAGAUCAUCGCUGCUCAGCUCACAGUCCCUUCAAACUCCAGCUCCAGAGGUGUGCAGCUUUUCAACCGGCGCAAGCAAAGGGUCAGCGCCUUUACACUCGAAAGCUGUGGAGAGGGGUCAGGGGGUGACGGACCUGAGAAUGUGAAGACAGACCCCUCUAGUAACAAAAUAACAUGGGCAGAGAAGAGCACUGAAGAAAAGGAUAGAGACCUGAACUUUAAGAACAGUAAGCCACUCUUGUCACUACCUGGUAGGGUACAUUCAGUAGGUGAUAUCAUGGAGGAACCAGCUAAAGAUUUCUACAAGGUGGACGAAAUGGAAGACAGUGUUAUCCAAGAGAGACAUUUCCUACCUGUCAAGGAAGAACAGGAGGAAGAGGAAGAGGCAAGAGAUAAACUCUCAGUGGAGCUUGAGGACAAAGUCAAGGAUGAGAUUCCCCCUGGAAGUAAUAAUACUGAUCCGGUUGUGAUGAGACAGGCUGAGUGUGAGGCAGAGAUAAAUGAGGGCCACACAGGGCCAAUUCGCCCUGGAAAGCUUCAUAAUGGCUGCCACAGUACCUCUGGGCCUGAGAGGGUUCUUGUUCCAACAACCAAGCAGACUAACACCAUCAUCAAUCGAACGGCCAGGCCUUUUUUCUCGCCAUUGACAGUGCAGUCACCAGAGUCCUCCAGCCCUGUCAUGGACAUUCCCCCUCCUCCUUCUUACGACACUCCUCCCCUCCCUGUUUACACUGCUCCUCAACCUUCGGCGUUCUCACCACUGCCUCCGCCUCCGUCAUAUCCCACACCAUCUCUCCCGGCUUUUACAAACCAGCCGCCGCAGAACUUCUACUCCAGUCCACCUCUGAUUUCUCCCGUCUUGUCUCCUCCACCUCCCCAGUUCCCUGUGUCUUCUGUCUCUCAGUUCCCACCCAUGCCCCAUUAUGGCCCUCCCAAAGUCCCAAAGCCCUCCACCUUUGCUCCUCAGCCUGCUCAAGAGAGGAAGUCUAUAACACCAAUCAAAACGGGAAUACUUGAGGAGGGUGCUGCUAGAAGAGGGAAUAGGAAGUCAAUGUUCACCUUCAAAGAGAAGACAGUGGUAGCUCCGAACCCUGAGCUUCUCUCUCUGGUGCAGGGGGUGGAUGAAAGGAAGAAACAUGGACAUAUAUCUGUGCCUGAGCCAGUAUCCGAGGAAGAGUUGCUGGCAUUGGGUGCUGAGGCCUCCAACUUCCUCGCCAAGGAGGAGGACAGGGCAGAAGAGGAAAGAGCUCCAGAGUGGGCUUCCAGCCUCAAGGCCUCCAGGACCCGUCCCAGGGCAGAGCAUGUGCCAGAUCAUAGCCUCACCAAUGUGUCAGGAAAGGGGGCUGAGCUGUUCGCAAAGCGACAGUCCAGGAUGGAGAAAUAUGUUAUUGAGAAGCAAAAUUCGGGACAAAUGAGGUCUCCUUCUCCCACUAUGUCUCUGCCACCAUCUUGGGUGUACCCAGCAAACAUGCCUGGCAGGGUGAAAGCCAUUGCAAAAAAUUCUGACAUGGGGGCUCAGCUUUCAGAAAAACUAAAGGCCCAACAAGCUGUCCAGCAAAAACCAAGACAAAAAGCCCCAGAGCCAGAGCCAAUCGCAGAGCCUCCGUUAGAAAAUGGUUGCUCCAAGUUAGAGAUGGACUUGUCGAGGCACCGGCCUUACCAGCUUUCCUCUUCCCUCUUCAUCCUCAACCCAGUCAAGGACCCCCUUAGUACCUUACCCAAAGGAGCACCACAGUCCAAGAACCUGAUAUCAAACCAGCCUUUCUCUAGACAGACUUCCUUACCUUAUAACCCUCCUUCUCACUUCCGUACCCAGAGUAUGUCACCACAGCUGCCCCUCAGCCCCACAAGAAGAGAAGCUGAAUAUCCACCAAAUCCAGCUUAUGGGCAGCCAAGGAUCAGCUCUCCUAUGUCGGCCUUCUCUCCAGAGCGAGUGUCCUCUCCACGGUCAGGGGUCCAGGCACCAAGGCCUAUGUUUUCUGCAAAGAAGGCAGGGAUUGCACCACAGACACCAACGGAUUCCUCCCCAGUUGAAUCCCGCAGUGAGGCUCCAACGCCAACCAGGACGCCCAGCCUCACCAGACGUUUGAGCAGCCCAGAGGGCCCGGCACCUGGGACCUGGGCUCCCAGCCUCCAAGCUAACCGGCCCUCCACCGCCAUCUCUAGCGGCUCAGUAACUUCCCCUGUAUCCUCUGCCAGAGGUACCAGAUGCCAAUCCCCUGUGGCCAGUCAGAAUAUCCAAUUGUCCAUGGUGACCUCCAGUACAGCACCCAGAACCUCUCAAACAUUUACAGCCACUUCUUCACGCUCUUCUCCUUGGGGUUCAAGAUGUCAGUCGCCAAUGGUUAGCCCGAAUACCCAGUCUUCCAGCAACACCUCUAUUCCUGGUUAUAGACCAUCCCAAACACCUACAACUACUUCCCCUUUUUCUCCUCCUUGGGGUUCAAGAUGUCAGUCCCCGAUGGUGAACCAGUGUACACAAUCUUCCACUGUAUCCUCUACAUCCAAACCAACCCCAACAUCUACAGCUGCAUCACCACGCUCCCCUCCUUGGGGAUCAAGAUGCCAGUCCCCUAAGGUGAGCCAAAAAAGCCAUUCUUCCACAAUUACCUUUGUUCCUACAUCCAGACCAACCCAAACAUUGACAGCCACCUCUCCUGUGUCUCCUCCUUGGAGCUCACGUCCCCAGUCUCCUGCACUCUCCCAGACUAGUUUAUCCUUCUCCACCACUAAACCUCUGCACACAUUUUCUGCAACCUCUCCUGUUCCCCCACCAAAAGACAGUCGCUGCAUGUCCCCCAUUGUUGAUAACCAAGACUCUAAAGCCAACCACCGCCUCCUGGCCAAGAACAUCAUCAAUGCAGCCAAACGCAAAAACAGCCCCUCCCCUGGAGCACUGAGCGGCCACAGCCUCCCCAUCUCCCCACUGGGAAAUUCUCACCAUGGCUACGACUGUAACAAACCACCCAUGAGUCCUUUCCAGUCACGGGCAUUUGGGGCCCAGUCCCCUACCUUCACCAGCCCUCCUCCAACCCCAACACAGAGGAUCUGUUCACCUGUGAGGCUCUACAACACUCGCUCCCUCACCGACUCUGACGCCUCUGUUGAGUCUGAAGACUCAGGCCUGCGAUCGCCUGGCCUGCACUCCUACAACACCUGUCCCCGUGGCUGGGGCGGCAGCCUGAGGGUGAAGAGAAGCACUGUCUCCACGGACCUUUGAGGGUAUUAAUGGAAGGCAAUCAAAGCAUGAUUUAGGUUCAUAGACAUUUUGGGCAUUGGGUUAAUCAGAAAAAGAGUUUCUGAUGACGCAUUAUUAUACUUUUCCUUUGAAGAUACCUUUCUAUAGCUUUGAAUACCAACCCUUGACAAUGGUAAAUAUGUUAUUAAGGUAGUAUUAGUACUUUAUAUGACUCACAUUCAAAGUAUGUACUGACAAGAACAAGCUUUUUACAUAACCCAGUUGCUGUGGCUUGUAUGCUUCUUAAA